AUGACAAGAAUCUCGAAUCUUUCACAAGAUUUGAUAGAGGAGAUACUCUCUAGGGUUCCGUUAACUUCUCAGCGAGCGGCUACAUCCACUUGCAAACAAUGGAACGGUUUUUAUAAAGAUGAAAGUUUUACAAAGAAGCACCGUGGUAAAGCAGCUCACGAUACCAUGGAGAUCAUGGUGUAUGAUUCCAGGGUUCGUUUAGUGAGGGUCGAUCUCCAGGGAGUCCUUAAGAGAAAACAAGGCUUAGUUGAGCUAUCCAAAAAGCUAAUAGGUCAACUUAACCAUAUCAUGGUAUCUGAUGAUGAUGGAUUAUUGUUAUCCCUUCCCAAAAACGGUAUGGUGAAGUCUGAUCCCGUGGUAUGGAACCCGUAUUUGGGACAAGUCAGGUGGAUCAAACCCAGAAAACAAUUGACCAUCUCGGGUAGGUAUAGGUAUUGUAUGGGAUACAGCAACAAGAACAACCACAAAAUCUUGAGGUUUUUGUAUCAUUACAAUGGUACUACUGUUGAGCACGAAAUAUUCAAUUUUAAAUCUGAUUCAUGGAGGAGAUUUAGACGUUGUCUUGAUCUGGAUGCUAACUCUCGUAGUGGAGACUCUGUGAUUCUAUCUGUUGUUAGAGAAGAACAGCUUGCAGUGUUAUUUUACAGGGACGCCGUGAUUCUAUCUACUGUAGGAGAAGAACGGCUUGCAGUGUUAUAUCACCGAGUUGAUACAUAUGAGUUUGAGAUACAGAUUACAACAAAGAUUGAGGCGGCCAAUGAGGUGACAUGGACAAGUUUCUUGAAAGUUGAUGUGAAGCCUUUCGUUGAAAUAUCUUGGAGGUUUCCUCCGUGUGGGAGUUUCUUCGUCGACAAGAAUAAGAAAGUGGCAUUGAUUUGGGAUAAUUAUAACUGCAACAGAGCAUACGUGAUUGGAGAGGAUAAUUACUUCGCAAGAGUGGCUCUCGGAGAAUCUCAAUGUUGGCCACUUGUGUGCUCUUAUGUUCCAAGUUCGGUGCAAAUUCAGAGGUCCAGUACAUGCACCAGGCAAAAGGAAAGUACGGAAACCCGACUGAGUUGGGCGAGUGGUUAG